AUGCCCCGAGGACGCAAAGGCUGCUGGACUUGUCGAAUUCGUCACCGGAGAUGCGACGAGUCAAUUCCGAACUGCAAAGAAUGCAGCACAAGACAAAUUGUCUGCCACGGAUAUGAUGCGGAUGCACCAGAGUGGAUGAGUGACGAUGCACUGCUACAACGAGAGCUUCAACACAUCAAGGCUGCAGUGAAAGUGAACUUUCGACGCGUCAAGACUAUUCAAAAUCGCCAGCUUGCUCAGAAAGGUCGAGAAAAUUCCAUUCAAGCCAAGUUUCAAGUAGAAAAAGACGAGGAAGCUGCACAUGCAACAGAAGCAAAUUCAUCGGCAACAAAUGUCAUAUUUCGAGAGGCACAGCAUCUUGUUCAUUAUUUAGACUACAUUUUCCCUAUUCAAUAUGCCUUCUAUGUUGAUGCUCCAGACCAAGGCGGUAGAGGAUGGUUGUUGUUCCUCUUGGAGAGAAAUGCACCUCUUCGCAACGCAGCUCUUACUCUUUCUGCCUUUCACCAACACAAUCUAUCCCCAUAUCACUCAGAGAACCAGGAAAACGAACUGUUGCAGUAUCAUACCAAAGCACUGCAAGAGUUACGACACGUAGUUGGUCACCAGGACUUGGGCGCCUUUGCCGAUCGGAGCGAGGAAUGGCUCAAGUUCCUGGCUGGUGGAAUGUUCUUGAUCUCUUUCGAGGUUUUUAGGGGCGGUACUAACAAUUGGCAAGCUCAUUUCAACGCCUUGGUCUCCGUCAUUCGGAACUUGACCUCGUCGGACUUCGAUUUCGGCCCUUGUGGUCUCUCAGACCCUGACUACGAAUUAAAACGAGGCAUGAACACUGCUCAAAGGUUUGUACUUGCGAAUCUCGUCUGGAUCGAUAUACUUGCACCAUUAGCCACGGGGACUGUACCGCAGCUCCCGUAUCACGACUGGCUCAACACAGGCAAAAUAGACAUGUCGCGGGUUAUGGGCUGCCAAAACUCCAUUAUGAUAGCCAUUGGAGAUUUGAUGGCACUCGAAUCAAGAGCUAGCUCUAUGAGCACUGAAUCCUUGCAGGCUGGUAUCUUCAGCCUGGAUAAACGAAUUUUGAACGCAGUAAAUAAAGUUCAUAAUUCUCAGCCAGAGCCCAGUCAAACCAACCGCCAUGUCACCCGUCUUUUCGCCAACGCGGCACUAGUACAUCUUUAUACACUUGCCUCUGAAUAUGGUAUCGCCUCACCUGACCCCCACCAAGCAGUCUUACGAGUGAUAGAAGUGCUGGAUCAACUUCCGUCGCAUGUUUCUUUACGCGCAACACCUUGGCCCUUAUGCGUGGCCGGAUCCAUGGCCUUACAUCCGAAUGAGGAGUAUUUUGAUAGAUUAUUGAGCAGACUUAUGGACCACUCCGAGGCGGGGUUCACUAAUUGCGGUACUGUUUACAGCAUCAUGAAACACGCGUGGAAGAAGCGACGAGAAUGUCCAGGUAAACUUUGGAGCGCAAGGCAAUCUAUGGAAGACAUGGGUAUUUCUGCUCUUCUGAUAUGA